CCCUGCUAACUGAACUCUCCCCAUCUAUAAUUCAACAAUGGCGUCUACCGCCGCCACCGCCGCUGCAAAUCUCUCCAUCUCCAAACCCUCUCCGACGCUUUCCUUCCAGUCGCUGACAUCCCAUUCCAGGCUUAUCCUUCCCGGUUCUAAGGCAAAAAUCACUGUCUCUGUCGCUCACCGCAUCACGGCCUCUCUCUCUGAUCCCAAACCCAAACCCUCAUCUGCCGUUGCUGCCUCCAUCGCCACCGCCGCCCCUGUGGCCACAUCGCCGGACACCUUCAUUUCCAGAUUUGCCCCCGACGAGCCCCGGAAGGGCUGCGAUGUUCUCGUGGAAGCUCUCGAGCGGGAGGGCGUGAAACACGUAUUCGCAUAUCCAGGUGGCGCCUCCAUGGAGAUCCAUCAAGCCUUGACUCGCUCCAACAGCAUCCGAAAUGUGUUGCCGAGACACGAGCAAGGCGGCGUCUUUGCCGCUGAAGGGUACGCCCGCGCGUCCGGUCGUCCUGGGGUUUGCAUCGCCACCUCUGGACCUGGCGCCACCAAUCUCGUGAGCGGCCUCGCGGAUGCAUUGCUUGAUAGCAUCCCAAUCGUGGCGAUUACUGGUCAGGUCCCUCGAAGGAUGAUUGGUACCGAUGCUUUUCAAGAGACCCCAAUUGUGGAGGUAACUCGAUCCAUCACGAAGCACAAUUAUUUGGUUCUUGAUGUUGAAGACAUUCCUCACAUUGUGAGAGAAGCGUUUUUCCUUGCAACUUCAGGCCGACCAGGUCCAGUUUUGAUUGAUGUACCCAAAGAUAUACAACAGCAGCUCGUGGUUCCGAAUUGGAACAAGGGACUUCAGCUGCCCGGGUACACAUUUAGACUUCCCAAGUCGCCUGAAAAGGCCCAUUUAGAACAGAUUGUGCGGUUAAUUUCAGAGUCAAAGAGGCCGGUUCUGUAUGUUGGUGGAGGGUGUAUGAACUCUAGUGAAGAGUUAAGGCGGUUUGUUGAUCUUACUGGUAUACCAGUGGCGAGUACUUUAAUGGGUCUUGGUGCGUUCCCUUGCACAGACGAACUAUCUCUUCAAAUGCUCGGUAUGCACGGGACUAUGUAUGCCAAUUAUGCUGUGGACAGGUCCGAUUUGUUGCUGGCAUUUGGUGUCAGGUUUGAUGAUCGUGUGACUGGUAAAAUUGAAGCUUUUGCCAGCAGAGCUAAGAUUGUUCAUAUCGACAUUGAUCCAGCCGAGAUUGGGAAGAACAAGCAACCCCAUGUUUCAGUUUGCGCGGAUGUGAAGCAGGCGUUAACAGGGAUGAACAGCUUAUUGGAGGAGACUGGAGCAAAGUCUAAGUACGAUUUCUCAUCCUGGAGGGACGAACUUAAUGAGCAGAAAGCAAAAUAUCCAUUAAGUUUUAAAACAUUUGGAGAAGCCAUUCCUCCACAGUAUGCUAUCCAAGUUUUGGAUGAACUGACCAAUGGUAAUGCAAUUAUUAGCAGUGGUGUUGGGCAACAUCAGAUGUGGGCUGCCCAAUUUUACAAGUAUAAGGGGCCUCGUCAGUGGCUGUCCUCCAGCGGAUUAGGUGCUAUGGGUUUUGGGCUGCCUGCUGCUAUGGGUGCUGCAGUUGCCAAACCUGAUGCAGUUGUAGUUGACAUUGAUGGCGACGGAAGCUUUAUAAUGAAUGUCCAGGAGUUGGCUACUAUUCGGGUGGAAAAUCUGCCAGUUAAGAUUAUGCUAUUGAAUAACCAGCAUCUGGGUAUGGUUGUUCAGUGGGAGGAUCGGUUCUAUAAGGCUAACAGGGCUCACACAUAUUUGGGGAACCCCUCUAAUGAGGCUGAAAUAUUUCCCAACAUGUUGAAGUUUGCUGAAGCCUGUGAUAUACCUGCUGCAAGAGUGACGAAGAAGUCGGAGGUUAGAGAGGCAAUCAAAAAGAUGUUGGAGACUCCAGGACCAUACUUGCUGGAUGUGAUUGUACCUCAUCAAGAGCAUGUGCUGCCUAUGAUUCCGAGCGGUGGGGCUUUCAAAGAUGCGAUCAAUGAGGGUGAUGGAAGAGAAGCAUACUGAUGAUCUUGUUGCAUCCAAUGUGUUAGCAUAAUAGUACUGGUUCUAUGUAUAUUUAGUGCAUUUGCAGCUGAGGCAAUGUAGUUUUCUUGGUUGGUUCUUUUACUAGGUACGAGUUGCUACUCUGGUAGACUGUACUAGGUAUUUAUAUUUUUCUCUUUAUCUGUUUAAAAUUUGGUUUUGAAGGUUUUUGGACUUCAGAAGCUAUUUCGCCUUAUUUUUUGUUUCAUCGAUAGCAACUUAUAAUUUCUUA